AUGUACCAGCAAUUGGCAACUAAUCAGCCUGAAUCACGCUUAGAAGGAACACCUCAAGGUAGGAUGAAUCAACAACAAGAUUCUGCUUUGAAUAAUGAAAUACAACAGCAACAACCAUUUAAUUUCGUUGAUGUUCAGGACAAUAUGGCACAUGAUCAAGAUGCUCUCGUUCAAUGGCAAAUGAAUAAUAAUAAUAAAAAUUUAGGUAAUUAUAAUUCUCAUCCGCCAAAUGAUCGUACAGUAUCUGGUAAUAUGAAUAGCAACAAUAGUAACACGAGUAUGAAUAUGAAUAGUCAAAGGUCUUUAUCUAUCAAUGAUUCCAUUAGUGUAGAUCAUUUAAACAUGAGUCAAAAUGUUAUACCUCAACAACAAACAUUUCAAUAUACUGGUAACCCAAUGAAACAACAGCAACAAAUGAAUAUGGGGCUAUCUUCUGCACAACCAGCCAAAUAUAAUAUGAAUAACAAGAAAGGACAACAUACUGUUAUGGAGAUGUCAAGGAACGGUACAAGCACACCUCACAUACCAGCUGAGGCAUUACGCCAACAACAACCGUAUCCACAACAAGCACAAAAUCCAAUGAAAACUUCUCAAGCUACAAAUAAGUUAAAAAGACAAUACAGUAAAAACAAAGUUAUCCCCGAGACUUCAGUAAACAAUUUCCAAACCCAAUCUGGUUUUUCAGGACAUAGAGCUAAGAUACCGACACCAAUAAACGUUGGUCCUCAGAAUCCUUAUAGUGGAAACACUUCUGCUACUGCUGCUAAUAAUAAUAACAAUAAUAAUAUGGUUGGUACUCCAUCAAACUCUAUGAAUAUAACUUCACCUUUUAGAAACUCUGGUGAGUCAUCUGUGACAACAUUCCCAUUUGCAAUUAGAAAAUAUUUAGCCAAUAUGGCUGCAAUCAAAUUUCAUGAUAUGAUAGACAUGAUAAACCUAUCUGUAGGGAGAAUAACUCAACCUAGUUAUUGGCAAAAAUGUAUGAAAGAAGUAUUUACACCUGAUGCUAUAAUAAGAUAUAGUAAGACCUCUACAACAGAAGUAAGACAGUUCGAUUUCUUGGUUCCAUUAGUACCCAUUCUUUUUGUUACAUUAGGUAGACUGGGAGUCGUUAGAAUCGAGGUAUUAGCACAACAAUUAAAGACAGAACUUAUAAGUGAUGGCACAAUUUUCUUUGAUUGUCCUAGGUGCACUUUUACAUACCAUUAUCCAGAUGGAUCUUACAUAACACAUUUUGUUCAGUUGAAAGGUUUAUUCAAUUCGGCGUUAAAGAUAAAAUGGGGGGAUUUACAUAUGCACAGUUUUGUUCCAGGUAUUGAAUGGAAUUCGUUGGAAAGGCUUGUAAGUAACAAUUUUGGUACUUUUGAUAUUUUCAAAAAAUUAAGUGGUGGAGAUUUAGACAGCACUAAUAUUAAAAAAGAAGAAGAUUUAGUUAAAAGUGAAAUCGAUGAUGAAAAUUCAGAUAAGAAUAUAAACAGUAAAGAUUACAAAAGUGGCCAGGCACAGGACGAUGCAAGCGGAAACAGUAAUCCAACAGGGUCACUCCCACCAAAUUUUGAAGCAAUUACCCAAUUGCGGUCUCAUUUUAGUGUCUUUAGAAAUGUUUCUGUAUUUGGUUCGCAAGAAGGAUUAAUGAGGGUUAUGCAGGUCAGUACCGUCAUGUCUUCUCUUAAGAACUUAUGGAUGUAUCAAAGAUUACAUAAGAUAGAUAGUCCAUUGGCUGCUAUGCAACAAUACGUUGAAAGGUAUAAACAAGAUAUCAAAGGGCCAACUGUUCUCCAAAAUCGUCACUUUCAACAACAACAACAACAACAACAACAACAAAGGCAACAGCAGCAGCAGCAGCAGCAGCAACCUAACCUUAGAAAUACAGCUAGUUCACAAGAAAGAGAAGCCACUACAUUUAAUCAACCACAUUUGAUAAAUAAUGGAAAUUCGAAGUUGUCUAUGACCCCGAUUGAUUCCAUGUCACCAUUUUCUCAAGAAAACAUUAAGCCAUCUUCUUCAUCUGCGCCAUCUUCAGAAAAAAUACAGCCGUUAAAGAAAAGGAGAACCAGUUGUAUAUCGCCACGUUCACGUGGAACACCUAGUUCUGUUCCUUCAUCAUAUGACUAUUCAUUAAAGGAAUAA